AUGGCGCCGAAGCAGCGCGAGGGUGGCGGCACCGGGGCCAAGGGAAGCGCCAAGGACGCCGCUGCGCCUGCGCUGCCCGCGCCACGCAACCCGACAUUGAAGCAGCGGCUCGUGGUUGCCAUUUACGUGUACUUCAUCCCUGUCUUCCUGCUGCUGAAUGUCGCGAUGCUGUUCAGCCGCUACACUGCAGUGCCGUGGCUUGUCUACGUGCUGUACAUCAACUUUGGCCCCGCCAAGCGCGCCUGCAAGGACGGCAGCUGGCCCAAGCUGCUGCGCAAGGUCGAUUUGUGGCGCCACUUUGCGGCGUACUUCCCCUGCCGCCUCCACAAGACGGCGGAUCUUGACCCUCAGGGGCGGUACGUGUUUGUGGCGCACCCCCACGGCAUCGUGUCCGCCUUCUGCUGGCCCGUCUUUGACACCAACGCCACGGGCUUUGCCGAAAAGUACCCCGGCAUCGACGUGCACCCCAUGACCCUCGAGGUCAACUUCCGCCUGCCCCUGAUGCGUGAAUUCCUGCUGUCAGUCGGCGUCACUGACGCCUCCCAAGAGGCCUGCUUCCGCCUGCUUGGGCGUGGCAAUGGCGCCGCCAUCAUGCUGGCGGUCGGCGGCGCGCAGGAGAGCCUGCUCUGCCAGCCUGGCACGAUCGACCUGGUGCUGAAGAAGCGCAAGGGCUUUGUGCGCAUCGCGCUGCAGACGGGCGCCAAGCUGGUGCCCGUAAUCGGCUUUGGGGAGAACGAGCUGUUUGACAUUUUGCCAACAAAGCCGGGCAGCCUGCGGGACAGGCUGCAGCGCCUGCUGAAGAGCUCGUUCGGCUUUGUGCUGCCCAACGCCGUCGGCACCUCCCUCCUGUUCGGCAGCACGGGCUGGAUGCCGCACGCGCGGCCGCUGGACGUCGUGGUGGGCGCCCCCCUGGAGUUUGACAUCGCCCGCGUGCUCAAGGGGGCGGCGGACCAGGAGAUGCCACUGGAGCGGCUGGUCGACGCGUUCCACGAGCAGUACCUGGAGGCCCUCCGCGCGCUGUACGACCAGCACAAGGACAAGUUCCACAAGGCGCGGCGGCGCAGCAUGACUUUUGCAGAGUAG